AUGCACACUUCAUCUGUUGGUCAUUCAAUCCCUAUUUCUCAAGGGUACCCUUCGUUAAACUCUCAUCUGAAACAUUGCAGCGUGGUGGAAAGUACCAUCCGUGCUCUUCCUGACUCUUCACUUUCCAGUUUGUCAAGAUCUUCUUUUCAGCAUCCUCCAUCUCUACCUAAUAAUGCAUCGCUGGACUAUAAUAUACAACACAGAGUUCACAAUGACUCACCUUCGCAAAUUCAUUCAUAUGAUCAUAAAGCUUUUAUACAUUCCCCUCACACUCCGGAACCAUCGAAAAGGCAAUUUUCCUUAAACACCCCUACUUCUGUACUGCCACAGACUGCCUGUUCUCCAGAAAAUGAUACCUCUUUUCAGAAAUGGGGAACAAAAGAUGAUUCCCUAUAUGAUUUACUAAGACUUACCUCUCCGCCGGACUACUUAGCCUUCAAUACUCUACCUGCACACUCUACUUGUUCUUUUCCUUUUUUUAAAGACAAUCCUCGAGGAUCCUCUUUUCCAACUGAGAAUAAUUCGGCAAAGGUGCUUAUAAAGCAUUAUGGUGACCAAACUUUAGGAGAGCCUUUUAAUAAUAAUCAAUUUGAGUUGGACUCACCUGUUUUUAAUUUUAAGGUGAAUUCAAAUAAUAUCCAUUCUCCUCGGAAAGCUUCCUCAAAGGAUAAAGUCCUUCAACCUUCUUCUAUCGCUAACAAAGUUUUCUCUCAGGAUGACUUUGUAAAUCCUAUCUCAAAGGACCAAUCUUUGGAAAUGGGUAACAAGGCGCAUGAAAAUGCUAUUGUUAAUUGUUCUUCCUCAUUGAAAGUUGAAAACUCGUCUAAUUUAAACACGUCUGCUGUGCUAGACAGUUCCGCUGGUUUGAAUUUCUCUAAUAAGUCCUUACUUUCUGCACAGUUAAAACAAUCCAAGUACUUCAAAUCAUCUAAUCAAUUGACUGUAACAGACGAAGUUGUCAAACAAGCUUGUCAACUAUCAGAAGGAAAAAACACCGAACUCCACAAAGGAUCAGAGACAAAAGAACGCCCCCCAUUAUUCUGUAAUAACUCGUUUGCUGUCGGUGAGUUGUAUGGUAGUCCGAAAGAAACAGUGACUGAAAUAUCUUCACUGCAUUCACCUAAUCGCUCUCGAAUCUCUGGUGUAAAAGCAUACGUGAAAAAUACCACCAAUAUUCAGGUGAUAAAGAAAAAGAAUGAGCAAUACAUUGCACAUUUUCCUGAACAUAAGGAACGUCUUGAUUUUUUGUGGCAGCAUAAAGCUAGUCCUGCUUUUGCUAAUUGUGCACUAGCUAGUAAUGAUCGGUUUUCUCUUUCAGAAUUGCAUAUGGAUAGUUCCGAGAUUCUAGCUCGAACUUUGAAAAAAUCAUCAAAAAAUAAUUGUUUCGGUCCUUUCAUUCUUGGGCGGACUAUUGGGAGAGGUGAAUUUGGAAAAGUAAAACUAGGAUGGCCUUUACCGGGUUCCUCUCCUUCUCAGAAGCACCCAACACCUCAAGUUGUUAUCAAAAUAAUUCGUGUAAUCAAAGGAGGUCCUUUGCUGCGAAGGGUUAUCCGUGAAGCGACGAUCCUGAGAGAAGUUGAUGAUCAUCCUAAUAUCGUGAAGUACGUUGACCUCAUUAAAACCAAACAUCACAUUGGCAUUGUCUUGGAUUAUGUGAGCGGAGGCGAAUUGUUUGACUAUAUUUUAGCUUCAAGACGACUCGAGGAUGAGACGGCUUGUAAAUUAUUUGCACAACUCAUUAGUGGUGUUGGAUAUUUGCAUUCCAAAGGGGUUGUUCACCGAGAUUUGAAAUUGGAGAACAUUUUGCUGGAUUCAAAAAAAAAUAUCAUAAUUGCCGAUUUUGGAUUUGCAACAACAUUUGGUCAUUUUGGUUCUCGUAAGAAUCAAAUAACUAAUGCUAAACCAGAUUUAUUUACAACCUCUUGCGGAUCACCUUGCUAUGCAGCACCCGAGUUGGUAAACUGCAAAGUUGGAUCAUAUGCGGGUACCCAGGCGGAUAUCUGGAGUUGCGGUGUUAUAUUAUACGCAAUGCUUGCCGGUUAUUUGCCUUUUGACGAUGAUCCCCAUAAUCCGAAUGGUGAGAAUGUUGUACGGCUAUACCGGUACAUAUGCACCACAUCUCUUAUUUUUCCCGAGUACAUCAAGGAAGAACCGCGUGAUUUGCUGCGUAAGAUUUUAGUGCCUGAUCCUUCAAAAAGACUUCAUAUGUUUGGAAUAAUGAGUCAUCCUUAUUUGCGAGCUCAUAGGCAGCCAUUUGAACUUUAUAACAAUUUUGAGCCUUUAAAGUACCCUGUGGAUGGGAUUCUUUCGCAAAAAUCUGAAAUCAGCGUGUCCUCAAGUUCAACGGUUAGCACCUUCUCUUCUCUAGAUAUACCUUCACGUGAUCAUAACGUACAACAAAAAGCUGCUGUGCAUGGUAGUAUUGAAUUAAAGCAGCCAAUAAAGACGUCUGCACUAGUUAGCAAUGGUGUUCAGGCUUCUGUAAUCUUAUACCCUAAAGGCAACUGCAAAAACCGGUUGGUUUCCUUGCUUCGCAAACCCAAUCAACUUCCAAAGAAAUUCGAUGAAAUCUUAUUAUCGAAGCCUAAGAAAGAAUUAUCUGGAAAGGGCUUUUUCUUCUUAUUCAAGGGUUUCCUUCGACAUAGAAAAGGAGGCAAUGAGGUUUCACGCUACAAACAGUCCGGCUUAAUUUUGGAAACAGUAACCCCAAUUGUAAGUACGUCUGACCCUUUAACUUUGAAGAGUCUUCAUAACUUGGAGAAGGGACAUAAAAGGCAUUAUACUUUUGCAUAA